CCCCGCGGAGCCGCCGCCGCCGCCGCCGCCGCCUGCCGGGCGCACAAGAUGGCGGCGCGGUGGGGCCGGGGCGGCGGGCGGUGAGGGAGCGGGAGCGGGGGCGCGGGCUGCCCCGGGCCCGCCAUGACCUACACGGCGGAGCAGCUGGACGGCGUGCGGCGAAUAAAGAGCUGCCGCAACUACUACGAGAUCCUGGGAGUGGAGAGAGAUGCCAGCGAGGAGGACCUGAAGAAAGCCUACCGCAAGCUGGCCCUGAAAUUCCACCCGGACAAGAACCGCGCUCCCGGCGCCACCGAGGCCUUCAAAGCAAUAGGCAAUGCUUUUGCAGUUCUCAGCAACCCUGAAAAACGAUUGCGAUACGAUGAAUUUGGAACUGACCAAGAGCAUGUCAGCACUGGCCAGGCCAGGCACUAUAACUACUACACAGAAUUUGAAGCAGAUAUUACACCAGAAGAAAUAUUCAAUGUGUUUUUUGGCGGGCACUUUCCUACAGGAAAUAUCCAUAUGUUUUCAAAUGUAGCCAGAGAUGCACACUAUUAUCCACGGAGGCACCGUGAAAGAGCAUGGACACAGGAGCAAGAGGAGGAAGAAAACAGGCCACAGAACUCAUAUUCUGCAUUUAUUCAGUUGAUGCCAGUUUUCAUAAUAAUAAUAGUGUCAGUUAUAACUCAGCUGAUGGCGACUAACCCACCCUACAGCCUCUUCUACAAAUCGUCCAUGGGCCAUGUUAUUAGCAGAGAAACAGAGAACUUGCAGGUGCCUUACUAUGUUGAUAAAAACUUUGAGAAGAAUUAUCAAGGAGCGGAACUUCAAGAGCUAGAGAAAAACGUUGAAAAAGAUUACAUAGACUAUAUUCAGACCAGCUGCUGGAAGGAGAAACAGCAAAAGUCUGAUUUGUCGAAUUUGGCCAAGCUAUACAGAGACGAGCGGUUAAAACAGAAAGCAGAAUCAUUGAAACUUGAGCACUGUGAGAAGCUCUCCAGUCUGAUUGGAAUGCACAAAGGGGGCUGACCAGGACACACACAUUCUGUAGUUUUUAUUUAUUGCUGUUUUAAAUUAUGUUUUUAUUUUCCUUUGUAUAAAAACGGAAGGAGUCUAUUGCAAAGAGUGAAUAUGCGAUUCCUUCAUAUAGUGCAGAGAUGGGCCAACACAAGCUGUAGAGCAAGUGUUUGCUUUAAUAUACUGUACACUAUAUUUGGUUCCAAGGACCAGUGGCACUUUGUAAAUUAAUUCCCUGGGAAACACUCUGAGUUUGGAACGUGUCUCAUCGGUAGUUUGUCUGCCAUCCAAACAGUAUAUACUUCCCAGGAGAGUAGACAAAUGUCUUAUGCUUUCUGUAUUUUCUAUGGACCUGCAAUUCACCCGGUCAUACCAACCGUGUAGUUCGCAGUACUCAGUGCACUAGCCUUUUCAUACUGCUAUCAAGUGGAUGUCCUUGCCUCUACAGUCGUUUGUAAUGAGAAUUUAGAUGAAAGGCAGCAUAUGUCCUGUUCAAGUCCAAUAUUCAGUGCUUAACUCUGAAGUGUCGAGUACCUGCUUCAGGUAAGCGUUUUGACGUGCUCCGAGCUCUCCUUACUGUCAAAGGGACUUGACCGAGUGCUUGUCUGGCUGGGGGGGUCUGCCCCUUCUCCUUGGUGACAUGACAAGCUGAGAGCAGAACUGCAACGCUGAACAGGAAGAUGAGAGCCUGUGAAAUGCAUCGAUUCCAGCAUCUUCCAAACUGCAGAGAAAGGACAACCUUAUUUAUUUUCUCAUACGUUUCCAGUGGCAUAUUUUUAAGCUGGCUGUAUAACUCUGAUUUUUAUCUGCAAACUCUUCUCCAGCUGUUACAGGGGUCCUGCUUUUUCUGGUACAGUUUUGAUGUAGCAUAUUUUUACUCUUGAGCAGUUAUGAAUGUUCCACUGUAGAGACUAGUAUUGCAAAGAAAAAGAUCCAUGUAGUAGUGUCUGUUUUUUCUUGAUCCUCCUUUAUGAAACCUUUAAAGGCAAGUUAAGGACGGUUGUACUCGGAAGCAGCAGAGAACACUAUUAUUCCCGUUGAGCAUCACUGAGCUCUUGAGCCAGUUUUUCUGGUAGUUUACCUGGCCAAGGGUAGAACUAAUCCAUGCAGACCAACCUGCUUCUGGAGGUUCAUAUUGUGUUCUUGCCAGUGAGAGGGAAGGAAAAUAGGCACCCACAGGGUCCUGUGCAACAGCUGGCCUUGACUUGGUUCUGCUGGCUCCACCGGAACCUGUGCUGAGGGCAGGAAGGCCAAAGCUCUGCACAGGGCAGCUUCAGCCCACCCUGCUUCUGUAGCUGCACUCGAAAUUCCUCUUUAUAGCAUAGCAGGGGCCAGCAUGUCUGUUCUUAACUUGUUGAUGUGCUAGUUACCUAUAAAACACACGGAAUGAACUAUCCUCAUAAAUACCCUACCCCAGAAAUACAGGGAUUGUGGGGUGGGGACAUGCUGUAUGUAGUAGAGGCUGCACUCACCUGCACAUCUUUACAAAACACUGAACAAGCUGCUGUUGCUCUGUUCCUAAAACUGGCAAUGCGUAGGGCAGAGCACCACAGCUUGCCUUCACUUAAACCUAGGAAAUCAAGUGCUCAGAAGUUUGAGAAAUGCCAGAAUUAAUGUUGCAUUUAAAGGUUAGACUGUGGUCUCCUAGUGCUGGGGUGUUAGGAUGCAGCCGUGUGCCAGUGGGUUGCUGGUGCUGAGGAUGAGGCAACUGGGGAUGUAGGUGCAAAAAAACUAUCCCCCUUUUGCAGGAAAAGAUGUUUUUUCUGUGACCUAGACAAGAGGAUGGUUGCUUGUCUCAGGUUUUGAGACUUGAGGCUCCUGCAGGUGAGAUGCGUGUCCUGCAUGUGAUUAGCUCAGUGCAGCUACAGCAAUAGGGCUGUGAUUGAAUGGGGGUAUUAAAAAAAAAAAGAAAAGAAGUACAGUGAGUAUUUAAAAUAGCACAGCUAGGUUGGUAUUGUUCCCUGUUGGGAACCGCUGUGGGGGCGUUGGAGCUGCUGAGCAGAGUUCAUCAGCCAGAAGAGGCACAGCAUUUUGGGGGUUGUGGUGAACCAUGUUUUGUGUGAGUCUGCAAGGGCAAAAGUGUGUUAUUCCAGGUGGGAAAGGGGGCUGGCAGUCUGACAGGCAGCCUUAAUUCCGGAAUAUCCCAGUUCUGAGCACUUGAUAUGCCUGCGUAUAAAAAGCAAAAUUCUCAUGUUGCUUUUUAUAUGUUAAAUAGUUUGUAGAACGUAUGUCAACUCUAUUAAAGCGGUUGGACUUCA